CUAAUUUCAGAAGUCUGCCCAGGAGGUUCAUGAGCCCCGGCAUCCCAGAAUCGGAAUUGCUUCUCAGCAACAGUGGCUUUUCACCAUUCUAAGUGUAGGGGAGGAAGCCCUGCUCAUUCUGGGUGCACUUCCUGCUAAGGAAAUAGGAGGAGGAAUUCUGAAGCCUUGUGGCUGCUUCAUGGAGCUCUGAACAAGUGCUUGGGAUGGAUCCAAACUCCAUUUUGCUUUCUCCGAAGCCCCGGAUCUGCUCCUACCUGGCAGAAGCCUGUAUGGAAGGUGAGAGAAGCUCAUCCCCUACAGAGCUGGAUAGAGACUCCCAGUUUCCCUGGAGCCAGGUCCCCAGCCCUGCAGACCUGGAUGAACACAUCCAGGCCAAGAGGGCCAGGGUGGAGACCAUUGUCCAAGGCAUGUGUCUCUCCCCGCAUCCUCUGGUGCCAGGCAGUAUACAAGCUGGGGACACCCCACACUGCCCAGAGACGGCCCGAGAGAGGAAGAGGAAGCAGAGCCUUCCCACACAGCAAGGGCUCCUGAUGCCAGCCCCUGCCUGGGACCAGGGCAACAGGAAGGGGGGCCCUCGCAUGAGAGAACAACUUCACCUGCUGAAGCAACAGCUAAGACAUCUGCAAGAGCACAUCCUGCAGGCUGCUGAGCCCAGGGACACAGCUCAGGGCCUCAGAGGCUGUGGCAAGGGAAAAGGCCCUCUGAGCGCAAAGCAGAGAAAUGGCUGUGGGCCUUUCCCCUGGGCUUCGAGCAGUGACCACCAGCAGGGUUCCAGCAAGGACCUUUCUGGGGCAGAAAAGCACCGAGUGUCUGAGGCUGAAUACCAGUCUGAGGAGCCCAGGUUCCUUCCUUCUGGAGCACCAGCUUCACUGGAGAUUCUGAGAAAAGAGCUGACCAGGGCAGUGUCCCGGGCUGUGGACUCGGUAUUACAAAAGGUCCUACUGGAUCCGCCAGGCCGCCUGACUCAGCUGGGUAGUCAGGGGUGGGUGCCGGAGAGUGGAAGCGAGUCCUCACCUCCCGUGGCAGAGACCUGUGAAAAUCCACUUGCUUUGGCUGCCUUGCCCAGGAGGGUCCAGCUGCAAGCUGGGGUCCCAGUAGGAAACUUAUCAUUGGCCAAGACUCUAGAUUCUCCUGGGUACCCUAUCUCUCCAAGAAUGAUCCCCAAACCUUGUCAGGGUCCCCCAGCAAACUGUCCAUUGACUGCACCUUCCCACAUCCAGGAAGAUCAGAUUCGAAGCCAGCUACUGGGUCACAGAUGCAACAAUGGCCAUUGGAGUAGCAGUCCUUCCCAGGACUCAUCUUCCCAGAGGCACCCCUCCUCAGAGCCUGCCCUACAACCUUGGAGAACUACCAAACUGCAACCAUUGGUCCUGAGCCAACAGCAGUGUCCCCUGCCUUUCACCUCUGCCCAUCUGGAAAGUCUGCCCCUUCUUCCCUCGGUGAAGAUGGAACAGGGAGGCCUGCAUGCUGUGCCUGAGGCACUGCCUUUCUCUUCGGUAUAAAUCCAGGAGGGCCUAAACCCUGGUCACUUGAAGAAGGCCAAACUAAUGUUUUUCUUCACGAGAUAUCCCAGCUCCAAUCUCCUGAAGGCUUAUUUUCCUGAUGUUCAGUUCAACCGGUGCAUUACCUCCCAGAUGAUCAAGUGGUUCAGCAACUUUCGUGAGUUUUAUUACAUCCAAAUGGAAAAAUUUGCCCGGCAAGCAAUUUCAGAUGGUGUCACCAAUCCCAAAAUGCUGGUGGUUCUCCGCAAUUCAGAACUGUUUCGAGCUCUCAAUAUGCACUAUAACAAGGGAAAUGACUUUGAGGUUCCAGAUUGCUUCUUGGAAAUCGCCAGCUUGACAUUACAGGAGUUCUUCAGGGCUGUCUCCGCAGGGAGAGAUUCAGAUCCUUCCUGGAAGAAACCCAUUUAUAAAAUUAUUUCGAAACUGGACAGUGACAUCCCAGAGAUAUUCAAAUCUUCCAGCUAUCCCCAGUAGCUGUUUCAGAGUUAAGAUCCCACAACGUGAGGAGUGACUGGCUAGGGUUUCCUGGGCUUGUGUUAAAUGGCAGUUUAGCCGUAGUCAUAUAAAAGGGCACAAGGAAAUCUCCUCUACCAAAAUAGGUACUAUUACCAUUUUGAUCAUUUAUUUCCUUUUCCAGAAUCAUCAGAAAUUUAACUUUAACUAUAAAAUAUACUAACUGUAUUGGUGUAUUGGUAGUAUAUUGUGAAAAGGAACACAAGUUUGGAAUCAGAAGACGUGAAUCUCAACUCCAUUGUUUCCAGGGUGUUGUGACCCUGGGAACUUCCUGGUGUCUCUCAUCUGUAAGAUGAGGUUGUUCAGGGUUAAAGGACAGUGUGUCCUAUGCAAUGUUAUUCACACACAAAUGUUUGAACCCCACUUUCACAUAAGGUUAUCUUAUUUGGGGUUUUUACAAAUUGCUGUUUUUAGUCACCUACUCAUAAAGCACCACCUAUUUGCUAGAUACUUUCACAUACUUCAAGCUUCUCACCCUGAAAAACAGUUAUUAUUAUCACUAAAAAAAUGACCACCAGAAGCUUUAGAACUGCAAGCUAACUCGCCAAAGCCUAUGAGGCUAGGACAUCUGGGUUGAUGGGAUGGUCAGGAGCCUCAAGGAACCAAGACUUUCUGAUGCCCGACUGCUCUGCUGCGAACUCAGGAUCUCAAACAGGACCCCACCCCUAGUAAGCAUCCAGCAUUGGCAGGGCACUGUCACCUGAAAACUCCUGCCCAAUACUUAGGAGUAAUGCACCACCCAAGAUUUCUGCUGAUCAUUUCAGCAAACCCAAGACAAACUUUCUGCAGGACUUGAGUGUUGUUGUUUAUUUACAUUUGUCUGCCGGAAGAGCUUAUCAGCUGAAUAAUGCAAAUAGUCUCUAGUUGACCACUGCAAUUGAUGCCCCAACCUCAUAUUUGCUGAAGAAGCUGAACUUCAGACUGUGAAAGGUAGAAAGGGCCUUUGGAGAUCAUCUGGCCCACACUACUUAAAUUAGGAAGGAAGCAGUGAGGUCCAGACAGGAGGCUUGCACAGCCUUGCAGAUGCUAAACGGCAUAACUGGGACAAAUGCAGCAUCACACAGCAAUGGAAAUUCUCCCACUCCAUAACAAAAUUACAGUCCAUGGCUGACCUUCCACUGAUGCAGGAAUUCGUGAAAUCAGUUUUCCUCCCUGCUGACCCAACACAAAUUGUGAUCCUCUCUGAGCAUACAGGUGAGACGUGCAAAGCUGAGUAACUGCAUCUGUCUUCUAAGCUAGUCAGGAUCAAGUCUUUGUAUGCACUGCCAAAGGUACGCGGGCUGGGGUGGGGGUAACAGAUAGCUCAGGCCUUGUAGUCCUGAUAAGUGGUGUCUGUGAGUUCUUUAGCUUACUUCUUUCCUGUCUAUAUAAAACAAGUUUCCAUAUUCAGCUACUCAACUUCCAUGAUUUUUCUGGUGGGGCGCUAGCUGGAGCAGAUGAGAUAAAAUCCCUAAACUAUUACUAGAUCUAUCAGCAUAAAAAGGUAUAAAAGAUGAAUUUUCCUUUGAAUUUUCUCUUACUUCAAACAGCUGAAAGGAAAAACAAAACAGACUUAGCCCAAACCCCUCUUUACAGGCCAUUUAAAGGUUAUUGUUAAGUGCUCUUCAAUAUAUCCAGUUGCACUCAGAAGAUCUUUGCCCUAUUUUCACAAAAAUGAAGGAAUCUGCGAAACCUAAGUUUUAAACACAGGCAAGCAUGGAGUGCUCAGAGCAAGGGCAAUCAGUUUUCUGUGUCUGGAGACAGUAGAAGAGCCCUCUAUCCAGAGUGACAUUACAUUCAGGGGAAACAAGUUCACAUGAUUGUCCAAUAGAGAGCAGCCCUUCUUCUGUCCCAAACCUGAAAUUCAUUAGUGUGUGUUUUAAAGACUGAGCCAAGUCACCUCCAGGGCAGUGAACCUUGUCUCAGGGACCAAUGAGAUGAAAUGUACAAGCUCAAAUUGAAAACAUUUGUGUACUGCAGUCUUUCCAGGAAGUGUUCUCUAACCACUGAGCUAAACACAGAAGAAUGUAUAAAUAUAUAUGCUCUGCCAACAGAAUUCUAUUCUAAUUUUCUGUUUCUACCAAGUGUGUAUCUCUCUGUUGGAAACACAUGGAGUGUAAGCUGAGUGGGUUAUUAUGUUCUUUUGGCAGUCAUACUUUGCCAAAGAUCUGGUCAUUCUUUCCAUUAAGGUAUAUGAGGGUGCUAUGUUUUUAUUUGUUUGAGACAGGGUCUCCCUCUCUCACUCAGGCUGGAGCACAGUGCCAUGAUCACAGUAGCCUCGAUCUCUCAGGUUCAAGUGA